AUGUCGGAUUCAGAGCUCUGCAGAAAGUGCGACCGGUGCUUGGCGGAUAUGGUCGUGAAAAUAGGAAGAAUGUGGCCAUUAGCCUUUGGUUCUGGCAAGGGAUUGGCAAUGGCCUACUCCAACUGUCAACAUGAUUUCCAGGCUCCAUAUCUUCUUCAUGUAAAAUACGUCAAAGAGCAGUGA